ACCGACGUAAUGACGUUUUGAGAACAAAAUGGCUGAGCGAGGUCGUUGUAGCUUGAAUAACAUUACUACAGUAACUGUGGCACGUUUCAGAUGUACGUUUUUAUAAAAAUUAAAGUCAUUUAAAUACCACCGUAUAGUUUAAGCAUGGCCCACCGAUAUCUGUUCCUGUCAAAGGGCUGUCGGAAUUUAUUAAAAAGCAUAUUAGCACCAAACGGCGUCACAUCAAACUAUGCGCGGCUGGUGGUCUUGGGACAUGCUGACAGUCUGGUUGCUGUGAAGAGCAGAGGGGUGAUUGCCAGUGUCUUAGGUGUGCACAGGACCUUUUGGUCAAAGCCUCCUAAAGGAUUUGAGAAGUAUUUCCCCAAUGGAAAAAAUGUCCCCAAGAGCAGUGAGCCCAAACCAGAGGCUAAAGAGCCCACGCCUACAAAUGGGCAGAGCGCUAAAGGUGGAGGGGGAGGAGCUUCAGGAGGCAAAGGAAAGGGAGGGGGAAGGAAGGAGGACUCUACCUGGUGGAGUAGAUUGCAAAAGGGGGAUAUGCCAUGGGACGAUAAGGAUUUCCGGUUGUACUUCCUCGGUGCAACGGGCUUCUGGGCAGUGGUCGGCUUCUACUUACUCUUCCGAAAUUCUGGCCGUGAGGUCACCUGGAAGGACUUUGUCAAUAAUUUUCUCUACAAAGGAGUUGUGGAGAGACUGGAGGUGAUUAACAAACACUAUGUCAGAGUAGUCUUCGCCCCCGGACAGUUGCCGAUUGAUGGAAAAUAUGUGUGGUUCAACAUCGGAAGCGUGGACACGUUUGAGCGCAACCUGGAGUCAGUACAGGCAGAGAUGGGCGUCGAGGGGGAAAACAAGUUGCCCGUGUUAUACUCUACAGAGAGCGAUGGGUCGUUUCUGCUGAAUGUGCUCCCCACGGUGAUGAUCUUGUUCGUCGUGUGGUUCUUUUUGCGGCGGGGGCUUGGGGGGGCCGGGCCCAAAGGCCGGGGCAUGGGCGGGCUCUUCAGCGUGGGCGAGACCACCGCCAAGAUGCUGCGUGACGAAAUCGACAUCAAGUUCAAAGACGUGGCCGGCUGCGAGGAAGCCAAACUGGAGAUCAUGGAAUUCGUCAACUUCCUGAAGAACCCCAAGCAGUACCAGGACCUGGGGGCUAAAAUCCCCAAGGGAGCCAUUUUGACAGGACCUCCUGGCACUGGGAAGACUCUGUUAGCCAAGGCCACCGCCGGAGAGGCCAACGUCCCCUUCAUCACGGUUAAUGGCUCGGAAUUCCUGGAGAUGUUUGUGGGCGUGGGGCCAGCCAGGGUGCGCGACUUGUUUGUGAUGGCCCGAAAGAACGCCCCCUGCAUCCUGUUCAUCGACGAGAUCGACGCGGUGGGGCGCAAACGAGGACGGGGGAACUUCGGAAGCCAGAGCGAGCAAGAGAACACCCUCAACCAGCUGCUGGUGGAGAUGGACGGGUUCAACACAACUACUAAUGUUGUGGUGCUGGCAGGGACCAAUCGGCCCGACAUUCUGGACCCAGCGCUUUUGAGGCCUGGACGCUUCGACAGGCAGAUAUACAUUGGACCCCCUGACAUUAAGGGCCGGGCCUCCAUAUUCAAAGUGCACCUUCGGCCCUUGAAGUUGGACCCAGCCAUGGACAAGGAUUCACUGGCCAGAAAGAUGGCCGCCUUGACCCCAGGCUUCUCCGGUGCCGACAUCGCUAAUGUCUGUAACGAGGCCGCGCUGAUUGCGGCAAGACACCUCUCAGACGCCAUCAACCAGAAACACUUUGAACAGGCCAUCGAACGCGUGAUUGGAGGUCUUGAGAAGAAGACUCAGGUCCUUCAGCCCGAGGAGAAGAAGACAGUGGCGUAUCAUGAGGCUGGACACGCGGUCGCCGGCUGGUUCCUGGAGCACGCCGACCCCCUACUGAAGGUGUCUAUCAUUCCACGAGGGAAGGGGCUAGGCUAUGCCCAGUAUCUGCCUAAGGAACAGUACCUGUACACAAAGGAGCAGCUGCUGGAUCGCAUGUGCAUGACACUGGGCGGCCGUGUCGCUGAGGAAAUAUUCUUUGGCAGAAUCACCACUGGAGCCCAGGAUGACCUGAGGAAGGUCACACAGAGUGCCUACGCUCAGAUCGUCCAGUUUGGGAUGAAUGAGAAGGUGGGCCAGAUAUCAUUCGACAUCCCACGGCCGGGCGAGAUGGUGCUGGAGAAGCCCUACAGUGAGGAAACGGCCCGUCUCAUCGACGGAGAGGUGCGGCACCUCAUCCGAGACGCCUAUGAUCGCACCCAGGCCUUGCUCUCCCAGAAGAAGGCUGAGGUGGAGAAGGUGGCUCUGCGCCUUUUGGAGAAAGAGGUUCUGGACAAAAAUGACAUGGUGGAGCUUCUCGGACCGCGUCCAUUCGCAGAGAAGUCAACCUAUGAGGAGUUUGUGGAGGGCACGGGAGGCAUGGACGAGGAUACCACCCUGCCUGAGGGGCUGAAGGACUGGAACAAAGAGCGUGGAAAGGACAAGGAGGAGACCACCGAGGAGCAGAUCGCUCGACAGAUCACUGGCGGAAUGCCCUUCUGAACUCACUCCCUGACCCAGGCUGUGAGAGAGGGAGAAGGGGGGGAUCUCUUCUUUUCAUUUCAGCCCAGACUCAGGGUACAUCAUCACUUGACAGGAAAGCAUUAAGUGUUGAUGUUUAGAUUCAGAGUACAGAGAAAGUAUUUAAGAUGUUUGGCUGGUCUGUGGAAAAACUUGACGUUGGAAGAAACGAUCAUCUUUGACAUACUCAUUUAAUCUGCUUCUGUGAAGUGGACAAGUUGAAUGGCAAUGUAUACAUUUAAACUAUUACUAUGAACACACAAAUGAAGUGCAUUCUUCAAAAAAAAAAGAAAGGUAGUUUAAUAUUCAGUAUGAUUCAAAACAUAGCUUGUCAAGAAGUGGAGCAGUUGUUGUUUUUAUGCAGAUACCAGCCAUUAAACCAUUAUCGUAUGAGUGAUCAUAAUGGCUCAUACGAUAUAUCAUUGCUUAGAUAAUUAUAAAAUGGUGGGUAGAGUGGCCUUUCCACUGUUAUUUUAAGUUGUGUCAGAAAUCUAAACUGAAACGCAACGAGACGCUUAAGUAAGCUAAAAAGGCUAAAAAAUUGUAUUCCUGCAAAUGCACUCAAGUGACGCGCCCCAGGUCAUUUACCGUUCUGCAUUCUCAGUGGCCUGCCUACACAUUGUGACAUGCUACUCUGCUUCUUCCACUUAUCACUGCCUAGCUGUAUGGGCUUGGCUCUCACCUGAAGACCAUGACCUGCUGUGAGUCGUUUGUAUCCCCACUACAUCCCCAGUGUGCAUCUGCCCUGUGAUGGGCGGCGUUUCACAAUAACUUAUGGGAAGUCUAUGUGUAUAUGGGAAGUCCGCCUGUUAUGGGAAGUUUGCGUGUUGUUUUGAUGCCAAAGUUAAUGGAUGCACUAAUUAGACUGAGGUGAUUUGGAUUAAUGCUGUUGGUAUUUGUUGGAUGAAUAAAAAGCAACAGGCCUUCAUUAAGGCCAGAUUUUC